UGCUCAGUAGACUGCAGAACCUACGUGAGUUGGAUCUCUCUGACAACCAACUCAAUGGAAGUCUUCCUUUGUCUCUGCAGAAACUAGUUUCUCUUCAAAAUUUGUAUCUUUCUUCCAACAACAUGAAGGGUAAUAUUCCACCACGCAUCUUUGAGGGUCUUGUUUCACUUGGGUCUCUAGACCUCUCAGGCAACUUACUUGAUGGGCAUUUCUCAUUUUCCUCCUUUCGAAAUCUUUCAAAGCUAGAAUUCAUUAACUUGUCAGGAAAUGAGGAAUUAUUUAUACAUCUUGAUAGUGGAAAGUUUGUUCCCUCCUUCCAGCUACGGUACCUCAUCUUGUCACAUUGUAAUCUCGAUGCGAACCCCCUCACAACACCGGCUUUACUUGCUUCCCAAUAUAGGUUACGAGUUCUUGAUCUUUCCCACGGUAACUUGAGAGGAAAUUUUCCCCAAUGGUUGUUCAAAAAUCUAACCAGACUAAAAGUUCUGAACUUGAGAAAUAACUCAAUAAUGGGCGCAUUUCAAUUGCCAAAGCAUCCGAAUAUGAGCAUAUAUGCACUUGAUCUCUCCAUGAAUCUCCUCAGUGGACCAAUUCCUACAGACAUCGGCACAACAUUUCCACAUAUGGCGAGCCUGAAUAUGUCCUCAAAUUAUCUAACGGGAAAUAUCCCUUCAUUACUGGGUAACAUGAGUGAUCUGUCACACUUGGAUUUGUCCAAUAAUUUCUUAUACGGUGAAGUACCAAAUCGCCUGAUGAUUGAUUGCACUGAAUUGCACGCCUUGAAGCUUUCCAACAACAACUUGCAUGGGAAGAUAUUUGGUACAAAUUAUGGUCAUGCUUCGCUUUCAUGUAUUUCUCUAGAUGGAAACAAAUUUACUGGAACUUUGCCGAGCAAUCUGUCAGAAUAUCUACAAUUAGAGAUAUUGGAUGUUCAUGAUAACCAAUUAUCGGGUAUAAUUCCAGAGAGUAUAGGAAAUGUUUAUGAUCUAACUUACCUCAGCCUUGAGGGAAAUCAUUUCCAUGGUCCAAUACCGGAUCAUUUAUGUAAUCUAACAAUGCUUCAAGUGUUAGACUUAUCCCGUAAUAACCUCUCUGGGUCAUUACCGCAUUGCUUCCAAUCAUCCAAACUAGCGUACGUCAAGUUUGCUGGGAAUUCUUUAACAGGCACAAUUCCAAAUAGUUAUCUCAAUAUUUCACACCUUGCAGCAUUGGAUGUCAGUAAUAACCAGCUUUCAGGUAAACUGCCAAGACCGAUUGGAGGCCAAAUAUCUUUGGAGAUUCUUAUUCUUAGCGAGAAUUCUCUUGAAGGCCCGAUACCAACUGAGUUAUGUAAACUGCAGUCUUUACACAUUCUAGAUCUUUCGCAAAAUAAUCUUUCGGGAUCAAUACCCUCUUGCAUUGGCAAAAUGCACUUCAGAAAACCUAAUUCAGCACUUACAGAUUCACCUUAUGGUGAGAUUUUUGUGUAUCCUAGUCCAGGAGAAUUCCUCGAUGCACUUGCAGAGGUUUACAUAUAUGAGAUAAUAGUUGUUGACCUCAUCAGCAAAGGCAACUUAUAUGCCUACAGAACAGAUCAUUUGGUUCUGAUGUCUGCAAUGGAUUUGUCAGCAAACAAGUUGACAGGAAACAUUCCACCAGAUAUUGGAAACCUAGAUGAGCUUGUACAAUUGAAUCUAUCACACAAUCAGCUAACAGGUCCAAUCCCUGAAACUUUCUCCAAACUCAAUCAGAUUGAGAGCUUCGAUAUAUCACACAAUCAGUUGAGUGGUGUGAUACCCUGGCAAUUGACUCAACUACAGUUCUUGGAGGUCUUCUCAGUUGCUUACAAUUACUUAUCUGGAUGUACACCAGAUUUCAAAUACCAAUUCGCCACAUUUAAUAUGAGUAGCUAUGAGGGUAAUAUGGGAUUGCAUGGGCUGCCUCUUGAGAAGUCCUGCACAUCUGACUCAAGUCCAACUAUGCCAGCUAAAGUAGAAGAAAACCAAGAUGAUAGCAGU